AUGACUCACACCAACCUUACCAUCUUCCACCCUGCAGUUUUUGUCCUACUCGGCAUCCCUGGGUUGGAGGUGUAUCACAAUUGGCUGUCCAUACCCCUCUGCCUCAUGUAUAUCACUGCGGUCCUGGGGAACAGUAUCCUGGUAACAGUCAUCAUCACAGAACGUAACCUUCAUGAGCCCAUGUACUAUUUCCUCUCAAUGCUGGCCAUCACGGACAUCCUGCUGUCCACCACUACUGUACCCAAGGCCUUAGCCAUCUUUUGGCUCCAUGCCCAUGACAUUGCCUUUGAUGCCUGUGUCACCCAAGUUUUCUUUGUCCAUGUGAUGUUUGUGGGGGAGUCAGCCAUCCUAUUAGCUAUGGCCUUUGACCGCUUUGUGGCUAUCUGUGCCCCUCUGCAUUACACAACAGUGCUAACAUGGCCUGUCGUGAGAAGGAUUACUCUGGCCAUUGUCGCCCGAAGCUUCUGCAUUAUCUUUCCAGUGAUCUUCUUGCUGAAGCGGCUGCCCUUCUGUCGGACCAACAUUAUCCCCCAUUCCUACUGUGAGCAUAUUGGAGUGGCCCGCUUAGCCUGUGCUGACAUCACCAUUAACAUCUGGUAUGGCUUCUCAGUGCCCAUUGUCAUGGUCAUCUUAGAUGUGAUCCUCAUCGCUGUGUCUUACUCACUGAUCCUCCGAACGGUGUUUCAUAUGCCCUCCCAGGAUGCCCGGCACAAGGCUCUUGGCACUUGCGGCUCCCACCUCUGUGUCAUCCUUAUGUUUUAUGUUCCAUCCUUCUUUACCUUAUUGACCCAUCGCUUUGGACGUAACAUUCCUCGACACGUCCAUAUCCUGCUGGCCAAUCUUUAUGUGGUGGUGCCACCAAUGCUCAACCCCAUUGUCUAUGGUGUGAAGACUAAGCAGAUUCGUGAGGGUGUGGUCCGCCAGUUCUUUGAAAUCAAGGCUUGGUGCUGUGCUUCCCCUCUGGGCUGA